UCACAUUCCGGGGGGCCGUCCCAGAACCACGACUGGAUGCUACCGCUGUCCUCACCUUGAAUAUCAACUCCAAAAAUUUUGCUAUCCAUCCCACAGUCGACGGAAAACGAGCCAUCUACUUACCCCAGCACGACCUCCAAACUUCAGACAUUUUACAAACAACCAAACCGAAAUAAAAAAAAAACCCCCCCACAAUGUCUUCAAACGUCGGUCUCAAUACUCCCCGCGGAAGCGGCACAUCAGGCUACGUCCAGAAGAACUGGGCGUUCAUGAAACCGCGCAACGCAGGCUACGGCGCGCCGUAUCCACCCGUUGGCGCGAACAGCGACGCAGGACGGCCCUUCAAGCAGCGGCUGCCUGACAAGCAGAUCCUCGAGCAUGAUCGGCGGCGGGCGAUCGAGGUGAAGGUCAUGGAGGAGAGGGAACGGCUGGAGGAGGAGAACGAGCGGAUUGAGGAGGAGAUGGCGGAGCGGAAGAAGAAGGGGGAUAAGGAAGACGGGGAGGAGGCGGAGGGGAAGGUGCUGUCGGAUGAGGAGAUUGACGAGCGGUGUGAUGCUUUGAGGGAGAGGUUGGUGAAGGAGAUGGAGGAGGAAGAGGAGAGGAAGGGUAAGGAGGGGGAGCGGAGGGGCGGUCGGUCUGCGCGGGAUUUGCCGCCGAGGGAUAGGAGGCAGUUCAAGUCGUAUCAGGUUCACGAGCUUGCUGAGGCGAAGAUUGAGGAGAGUGAGCGGUUACGGAAGGCGUUGGGCAUCAAGGAGGAUAAGGAGACCGGGGAGAUCUCGAGUGGGCGUCGGGAUUGGGAGGAGAAGAAGCGGGAGAGGGAGCGGGAUCGUCCUUGAGCUUCGAUUUGUUCUCUUGGAUUCUUGCUAGUUUUUGUUUGUUCCGUGAUAGUAUUGAGUAGGGACAUUGGCGUUGCGGAGUUACUGCACUUGAUUCUUGUAUAUGACAGACAGGAUUUGGGAUCAUAC